AUGAAGGCAUUACUGGACCUCCGCAAUAAUUUAAAGGAUCGAGGCACAUCUGGUCCCAAACAACACAGAAGUCUUUCAGCUUUGUCCGCUAGCCAGAAGAACGAGGCGUCUCUGCGGCCGCCACAGAAGGUUUUGCGGGCUCACACAGACUACAACUCCCAGUCACCACAUGAAAUUAGCUUUCAUAAGGGCGACUUCUUCCAUGUCUUGUCGGACAUUGAGCCGUCUCAGAAUGGCUGGAUUGAAGCUUGCAACCCAGUAACAAAUUCCCGCGGAUUUGUGUCUCUCUCAUACUUUGAUGUUUUGUCGCGUACAACACCUCGGAGCACUAUUCCCCUCACCGCCCACAGUGAAUUGAACCCCGGUUUUCGUCCAUCGUCACAAAGUUCGGCAGGCUCUCAACGCUCUACAUUUUCAAGCUCGGAUUACACUUCAAAUGGAACCUUCGCCACCAUAAAGUAUGAUUUUAAAGCAGAACUUCCUCAUGAACUGUCCGUAAAGGAAGGCGAUGGUGUCUUUGUCGUUGCCCGAUCCAAUGAAGAAUGGUUAGUGGCCAAACCCCUCGAAUAUGUCGGAAUGCCCGGUCUUAUUCCGACUAACUACAUCACGUUCUGCGACAUGCGCACCGGAAAACCUCUCACUCAUGAAGAUAAUAUAUCUGUCUUGUCAGGCAUUCCCAGUGUGUAUGAAUGGGGUGUUCAAAACAAUCGUGCUCAUCAACAAACUCUUUCUCUCAGUUCCGCUCAGGAUCCAUUGCCUCAGGAUAGCUCCUCCCCAUAUGUCGAAGACAAAGUAUCGUCCAAGCAGUUUCCUCAGACUCCCCAGUGUUCUUACAACAUGGACGACUAUUUCUCGUCACUUGACUCCUUUAGCCCGAAUGAACAGACUCUACAUUCAGAGGCCACUUCCACUGCUCGACCGGUACUUCCAUUAUCUGUCAAACUCGCGUUUGUUUCCUUGGAUCUUCUUCUAGCUGAUUCCUAUGGUCAAUGGGUGCGUUUGCAUGUGGUUUACUCUGUGAAAUGCACACCGCCUGUCAUGUCUGAAUACUAUGAGCGUCGCGAACUCGUUCUCUUCCGGCUUUAUCACGACUUUGCAAAGUUGCGCCAUUCACUUGAAUUAGAUCUGACUCGUUCUAUGCCUACUUUGACACAGCCCGUCGCAUUGCCCAUAUUACCGCCUAUUGAUCAUGAAGGACGAGCUUUAAAAGCGUUUGUGAUAGCACUAUGUGCCCUUCCAAACCAAGUCCUUCAAGAAGCAUCCAUUCAAAGGUUCUUGGAAGUUCGGGCAGCCGAUUAUUGCCAUGUGACUGUGUCACACGAUGGUAAUACUCGAGAUGUAUCACUUAAAGGUUCUCUGUCCAACAAUCGCUCGCUUGGUUCCCAGGACUCGUUUGAGCAUCAUAACUCAGCCAGGUCAAGCACAAACACAAAAUACUCAGCGUCCGACUCAACCUCCCUAUCAGACUUUUCACACCAUCGCAUCAAAGUCGUACAUCGUGGUGAAAGAUCUAAAGUUAUUGCCUUGCGCAUUUCAUCAACCGUUUCAUACGAACUACUCGUUCAGAAAGUCCGGGACAAGUUUGGCUCGGCCAUUCAGUCUUUGGAGUUCGCAGAAACCCCUGGUCAAUGUCGCAUAUGCGAUGACGAAGAUCUUCGAGCAUGGUUGACCGCUUCUCUCUGCGCGGGCAACAAGUUAAUGUUAUAUGCCAGUGUGUAA